UGAGUGUUGGGGAAUAAGAUGCGGUUCAAAGAGCAGUUUGAGUUCCAUAAAGUCCCGGAAUGGGAUGAACACUAUCUGAGGUAUGCUAGAUAUCUUGAACAUAUUGAGAAAUUAGUCAAGAAGAUGACCAGAUAUGGGCUUAAUAAUCAGGUAUCUAACCAAUACGAUCUUUCAAGUACUUACCAGGUUGUCAUAAAUGAAAGCGAAGAAGAAAAGGAGACUGAAAUUCCUUUGAAUACACUUAAAGUCUUUCCGAAUGACGACUCUCUAAGCUACAGUUCUCCUGGAUCUAUUCCAGAGAAUCUAGAUCUGGAAGCUCCUCUGCUCUCCCUUAGCACUGAUAUAAAAGAAAUCCUUGUGGAAUUUGUCAGCGAAUGUAAAGGUAUAAAUGAUUUCUAUCUUGAAGAAAAACAGAGAAUAAUCAAUGAGUAUGAACUUUUCUACAAAAGAUUCUUGAAUAAAAUCAACUCUGUGACUACAAUGAUCAACUUGCAUGAAGACCUGAAGCUUUAUGACAUAGAUGGGCUAGGUUAUUCAUCUUCCUGGUCGAGAAAAUUUGUUGAAUAUUACUCAAAAUUCUCUUGGCUCGAUGGAUUUGCAAAAAUUAAUAUUGUUGCUAUGCAAAAGAUUCUUUUGAAAUUUGACAAAACUUUGUUCUUGGUGAAAGAGAGUAAGUUCAAUAGAAAGCUCAAUGAGUUUAUCCAUACUCUCCCCCUCUCCGAAGAGAAAGGAUGUACUGAUGAGAGGAAGAAGAUUAGGAACUCUGUUUCAAAAUAUUAUUUCAAUAAUAAAAAGAACAAGGCAUUCAGAUUUCUUGAGUCUACUCUUUCUGCUCAUAAAUCAGAAGAUAGGGGACAACUGAAACUAUUACUUGGAGUUCUGAUAGGUCUUUCCUUUAUCCUGGGAGUCAUUCUGCUCACACCUCCUAAGGAAAAUCAUUAUUUCCUGCAUCAGAUCAAGGCUGUUUACCCUAUAUUUAGAGGAACACUCAGUUUUAUUUUUACCCUCCUCUGAUGAGGUGUCGUUAUUGUUUUCUUGAAAGAGUUCAGAGUAAAUUAUGUGAUCAUUUUCGAAUCAAGCCCAGCUAAUAGACUAAAUCCAAGUGGAAUGUACAUCCUUACUGCAGUCUUAAUGGUUGCUUGGCUUAUUUGAAUGAUUGGAGAAGUUGCUGUUUUAAAAGACUAUUUGCCUUAUAAACAUGAUCUUUUUGCAAUUAUUCUGCUAUAUACAUUCCUUGCAGUUUUUUUCAAUCCUCUGAAGAUAUUCCAAAGUGUGAUAAGGUUCCCAGCAAUUAUUGCGACAUUCCACUGCUUGUACUCACCAUUCUCAGAGGUCAGGUUUUUGGAAUUUUUUGUAGCAGAUGUAAUGACAAGUCUGGUGAAACCUUUUAUUGACGUAUCUCUGAUCAUAUGCUGGGCUAGCUCAACUGAUGAAGACAAUGUAUUUGAUACAGGCAAAUGCCAUUCAAAGAUGUUCUGGGCUAUCUUUGCUUGGUACCUUCCAUUCCACAUUCGAUUUUGGCAAUGCGUAAAUAAAUGGUGGUACACAGGAGAUGCUUUUCCUCACUUGGUCAAUGCUGGUAAAUAUUUUGCAUCAAUAGUGAUGAUAUGUUCCAACUACUUCUAUGGAAAGAACCCAGAUUUAAGAAAUGUAGUAUUAGGAUUGUACCUCUUCGCUACAGUUUAUAGUUAUAUCUGGGAUAUCAUUAUGGAUUGGGGAUUGCUAAGAGACAAAAGAAUGCUAAGAGCUCAAAUCUUAUACCCUCCAAGAUAUUAUUACUUCUCAUGUAUCACCAACUUCUUCUUAAGAUUUGCAUGGACCCUUGGUUUUAUACCCGCCUCUUAUUGGCCAGAUACCUUCAGAAACAUUGAAGGGUUGACGCUCAUCCUUGCUAUCAUGGAGAUUUACAGGAGAGCACAAUGGAGUUUGUUCAGACUUGAGAACGAGAACAUUAACAACUACGAAAAGUACAGAACCGUUCUUGAGAUCCCGAGAUUGCCAAAGGAUUAAUUUAUUAGAACAUAUUCAAUAUGCG